AAAAGGAUAAGUUUGAUCUCCAUUGUUGCAUCAAGAUAAGGAGAUAUGCAGGUCCUUCUUCAUCCUGGUAAUUCUUUCACUUUCUUAAUUCCACCCUUACCCCUCAACAAGUUUAUUAUUUACAAUUUAGCCCCUCCACCCUUCCCAUUACCUUCAUUCAUCAAAACUAGAGCUUCGACUUCAACUUCAAGAACUGGGUUUUGUCAAAGUUUGUAUUUUGUUACAAAAUAUGCAAUUUCAAGAACUACUCAUGUCUCAUUUUGCUCAAAAGGUGAGAUCUUGGAAGAUUUUAGAGAUACCCAUUUGAGUGAAGACUUGAAUUUUGAGAGGAAUGGUGAUGUUGAAGAGCUUGAAUUGCAAAAUAAGCCUUCUCCAAUGCCUGUAUUUGAUGAAGUUGUGGUUGAGGUUGAAGAUGAGCCUAAGAAGUUGGAUAGAGAGGAGGUUUUAGAGCCUUUCCUGAGGUUUUUUAAGCCCAGGGAUUUGGGUCAGAAAGUUAGUGAUUUGGAUGAGUUGGAAGUGAGUAGUGAGGAGAGUGAGAGUGAUGAUGUUGAGGAAGAUGGGAAUGAGGUUAGUGUUGAGUAUUAUGAUCCGAAACCUGGUGAUUUUGUUGUAGGUGUUGUGGUUUCGGGUAAUGAGCAUAAAAUUGAUGUGAAUAUAGGGGCUGAUUUGUUGGGUACAAUGUUGAAGAAAGAUGUGCUUCCUUUGUUUGAUAAGGAAUUGGAUAAUUUGUUAUGUGAUAUCGAGAAUGAUGCAGAUACGUUUAUGGUUAAAGGGAGGAUGGGGAUUGUGAAAAAUGAGGAUUCGACGAAUGGUGAUGUUGUUGGUCCUGGAAGGCCUGUUGUGGAACCUGGAACUGUUUUAUUUGCCGAAGUUGUGGGAAGAACACUUAGUGGAAAACCAUUGAUUUCUUCAAGACGGUACUUUAGGCGUCUUGCAUGGCAUCGAGUUAGGCAGAUUAAGCAGUUCAAUGAGCCUAUUGAGGUUAGAAUUACCGAAUGGAGUAGUAAUGGUCUUCUUACAAGAAUUGAGGGUUUGAGAGCUUUUCUUCCAAAAGCUGAAUUAGUAAAUAGAACUCACACCUUCACUGAACUAAAAGAGAAUGUAGGACGAUGUAUAAAUGUGCAGAUUACCAGGAUCAAUGAAAGUACCAAUGACUUGGUUCUUAGCGAAAAGGAGGCCUGGAGUCUGCUACAUCUCAAGGAGGGAACACUUUUGGACGGUACUGUAAAGAAAAUUUUCCCUUAUGGUGCUCAAAUAAGGAUAGGUGACAGUAAUAGAAGUGGAUUGUUGCAUAUUUCAAAUAUAACUCGAGAACGAGUCACAUCUGUUGGGGACUUACUGGCAGUUGAUGAGAAGGUCAAAGCUUUGGUUAUAAAGUCGAUGUUUCCUGGCAAAAUAUCUCUGAGUACUGCUGAACUUGAGAGUGAGCCUGGAUUGUUUGUGUCUAACAAGGAGAGAGUAUUCUCUGAGGCUGAGAUGAUGGCGAAUAAGUACAGGCAGAAGAUACCAAAAGUCCCAGCAGCGCGAGAUAUAGAAGCCUUUCCUGAUGAUACCCUUCCAUACGAAGAUGAAGAAAAAUUAUUCUCAAAUUGGACAUGGUUCGAAUUUGAAAGAGAUGAUAAAACGAGUUCUUCGGUGCCCAAGAAUCUUAAGUUGAGGUAAAACACAUGUAGCCAGGAAAGAGUGUGGAGGCCUUUUCGACUGCACUUCUGACACUACUACGAAUUGGAGAUGAUAACCGAUAGGAUGAGUUGGUCGUAAACAAGGUAUAUUUUGUAUAUUUAAAAGCUUUGUGUAGUUAAUUUUAAAUCAAGAUACAUCCACAUCGAACGUCAUAAGGCAAAACUUUGAUCAUUUUUCUCCGCUUGUCCCACAAAUUUUGUAUAGGAGUACCAUGAAUCUGGUGUUCCUUUUAUAUGUAUCAGUAGUUGCAUAUAGUCUGUAUAGAAUAACCCAGCAAAUCAAUGAUUUACCAUCUUAUUAUU